UGGUUCCUUUUGGCCUAAGGAUCUUCCCUAAUGGAGAAACCUUUUCCGUUCACCACCGCAAUGGCACCGCUUUCUCUCCACGUAGUCCUGCUGGUGAUUAGAUGGCUGCCGGUCGCGUGCUACAGCUACCAAUCAAAGUCCCUUUUCAUGACCUUCUCCGAGCUGGCCGCCCUUGAAAAGAAGUCUCAGGACCGCGUUUGGGUGAAGUGCCUUCAGGACAGUAUGGAGGUGACGGUGGUGGAGGAGAAGGCGGAUGCUUUUGGUCCGGGGUUCCCCGUUGACCCUAAACGCCUGAACCUUGGCCCUGUGGUCCAAUCACAGAGCCGUUGCCAGGCAGAGGCCAGUGGAAAGGGGGCUUACACCUUCCGAGCCCAGCAUGGAGAGUGUGGCACGAAACUAAUGAUAUCAGAUGACAACAUUGUCUUCAGCAACCUGCUGGUCUACUCUCCUCCUCCCACUGAAGCUGGACAGCUCCCUCCAACUCCCUCCCUGGCUGUUCCAGUGCACUGUAUUUAUAAACGGAGGUAUGGGGUGAGUAGCGGUCCUCUAAAACACUCCCGGGCCCCAGUGGUUCCCCGCUUCUGGCCUUCCACCUCCAACUCCGGCUCAGAUAGUUGGAGGUCAGCAGACGGGGACGCCUCGGUCUGUUGGAACUGGGGGACGGAUGAGACAUUUCUCUCACGAAGUACCAAGACCCGCCACCAGAGGGCAGUAAUGGACCAAACAAGACCGGCCACCAGAGGGCAGUAAUGGACCAAACAAGACCGGCCUCCAGAGGGCAGUAAUGCACCAAGCAAGAUCCGCCACCAGAGUG